AUGCCCUCAAACGGACCAAACGCCGCCGCUCUCAAUGGCCCUACAGCAGAUCUUGUUCCCGCAAAGGGAGGUAAGAUUUUGGUAUUGCCCGGAGACCACAUUGGGCCAGAAGUCGUAACAGAAGCCCUCAAGGUCCUCGAUAUCAUCGAAGAAGCAACCGGUUCGAAGUUCGAGCGUGAUCUCGACCUCUGCGGUGGAUGUUCGCUCGACAAGCAUCAAGACUCUGUUACAGAAGAAGUGCUGAAGAAGUGCGAGAACGUCGAUGCCGUAUUCUUCGGAAGCGCUGGAGGGCCAGAAUGGGGUACCGUACAGCCCAACCCCGAGAGUGGACUCCUGAGGAUUAGGAAGAGGAUGCAGGUAGGUCGCAUAUGUGGGAGUAAUCGUGGGCUAGUGCUGAUUCUGGAUGCAAGAUCUUUGCGAACUUGAGGCCGUGCAAGUUUGCAAGCAAGACUAUGAUCGAGCGGUCCCCGAUCAAGCGAGAAGUCAUCGAAGGAGUCGACUUUAUGCUCAUCCGAGAAAACUGUGGCGGUGCAUACUACGGAAACAAGGUCGAGGAGAGCGACUACGCUUGCGAUCCGUGGGAGUAUUCACGGCCAGAAAUCGAGCGUGUUGCUCGAGUUGCAGGCGCACUUGCCCUUCAGCACGAUCCUCCGCUCCCGGUGUGGAGCGUCGACAAAGCCAACGUCCUUGCAAACUCUCGCGUCUGGAGGCGAAUCGUGACAGAGGUGUUCGAGAAAGAAUUCCCACAAGUGAAGCUGCAGCACCAAUUGGCAGAUUCAUUGGCGAUGCUCUUCAUCACCAAGCCGACUGCGUUCAACGGCGUGAUCGUGACAGACAACACAUUUGGAGACAUCCUUUCCGACGAGAGUGGCGGCCUGACCGGAUCGUUGGGUCUUCUCCCGAGUGCGAGCUUGGCAGGCGCCCCGGGCACUGGAUUGGGACAGAAUACCGUGGGAGGCACCAUUGGUCUUUACGAGCCUGUUCAUGGAUCUGCUCCAGAUAUUAGUGGCAAAGGAUUGGCGAAUCCUGUCGCACAAGUCUUGAGUUUGGCAAUGAUGCUGAGGUUAGUAUCGAGUGCUAACAUGGUAUAUGUAGUGCUGACGGAUCUCAUAGAUACUCUUUCAACCUGUUCCGAGAGGCAGAUAUCGUAGAAGAAGCUGUCGCCAAAGUGCUCGAUUCCAAGGCUGACGGGGGAUUGGAGGUGCGCACCGGAGAUCUUGGUGGUAGGGCGACCACGAAAGACAUGAGCGAAGCCAUCCAGGGAGAAGUGAAGCGAUUGCUCAAGGCAAGAUAG